CUGCUUUGUGUGUUUAGUUCUGCCUUGAUUUUGAGGAUGGUGCAUGUUUUGACUGCUAUGGAUGUAGAUUGAUUUAUGUUUAGAUGCAUUUAUGUAAGAGCGAGUUGAAGAUUUAAUUUAAGUGUAAAAAUCAAUUCUAGAAUCAAAUGCACUAGAUAGUUAGAAUUAAUUCUGGAAACAAAAUCAGUCAAACAUGUCAAAAUCAAUUAUAGACCUAUAGAAUCAAUUUUUGGCUUUUCCAAAAGUAGAACGGAACAUACUAUGGGCCCGUUUGUUAUAGCUUUUUUCAAAAUAGAUUUUUGGUAGUGUAAUGUGAUUUUGUUAUAAUUUUCAAGGAAAGCUUCAAAUGAAAAAUCUAUUUGAAUAGUUGACCUUCAUGAACGGUGAACAAUGAAUAUGCGAAUCUUUUUUGCCUAAAUAGGUGGGUUUAUUAGUUUACAGAAUUACUAGAAACGCCAACAAGGCUGAAAUUGAGAUGGAAGCUUAUGGUCCUCUUCGUCUUUACGGAGGAGAUGAUUACUUGAUCGGUGUUUUUUCGACAAAAACCAAAAUGAGUUUAGUUUUGAAGCAUAUAUAUUUGUUUUCCUUCAUUUUCAUUGAAUUGUUGUUGUCCGGUGAAAUUCUACUUCACGUCUAUCGUUGUUGAAGUUUCAAAUGAUUUUGAAGUGUCGUUCCACUUAUCAAAUUGGUCUAUUGUGGAAUUUUCCCAAAACAAUAUGCAUAAUGAAUUUUUAGAACUAUCCUUUAUGGGCGUGCUGCUAAAUCUUGAAAUUUAGAUCAAGAUACAAUCUGAAUUCAACGGACAAGAUAUGAAUGGACGAACUAGAUUGUUGCGGAGGAUCUAUACUUUAAUAUUUAUGAAUUUGGCACUACCAAAAAUCAUAGUAUAGUUGGAUGCAAGGAUCUUUAAGAGGACGGAAGACAUUCUGAAGGUUGAAGAGGCAAAGGGUGGAAACUUGUGGAGCUACUUGGUGUAGUUAGAAGCAAGGGAAAAUGAAAAGGGGAAUGGUGAUUGAUGCCUAAAGUAGCAUCACCAUCAAUUUAGAGUCAAGAUGGAGAAUGUUAAGAAUUGUCUCAAUUGAUGAUUGAAGUUGGGCAAAAAUCUGGUCACGAUUUGUAAAAAUCGGGGGACAAUUUUGCUGAUAAGGCUCACAUAGUACUGUACGAAUGGGAAAAUCGGGACACGAUUUUGGAAAAUCGGGUCAGGACUUUUUCAGAAUCUAGACCCUAUAUAAGGCUUCAUUCUUCAUGUUUUGAGUGAGGCUUCAAGAGAGAGAAACUUGGGAAAUCAAAUGAGUAACUUUAGGGUUGAGAGUCUUUGAUUAGAGUUCUUUUGAGAAGUUAUCUUGGGUUGGGAAACAUUUAUAAACACCUUGCUGAGUGAAAAUCAUUGAGUGUCUUGUUCAUUGGUGAUAUUGGGAAAAAUGGUAGUAAUUAGAGUUGGUUCUUUGUGAGCUUUUAAGCUAAUUUAUUGUACCCAUUAACUAAUUGAUAGUGGAUUUGAGAGAUCAAUCUCUCCCCGAGAGUAGGUCAAGUUGGAUCGAACUGGGUAAACAUUUCUGGGUGUGUUUAUUUCUCUUCUCUCUUUAUCUUUUGCUUGUGGUUUUGUGUUUUUCACUUGUUUCCUAGAUUAAAUCUGGGUUUAUUAUUGUUAUUGUUGCUUGUGGUUAUUUUGAUAUUGGUUACUACUUUCCUUUGCUCCACACAUCAUAGUUUUAUUGGUGUGAUUUUGGGUCCGAAUUCACAACAGAAAUGUUGGAUUGCAUUUGAGAUUUUCAUAUUGCGAAGGUGUUGUUAGGAAUGCAUUUCUGGAUUUAGGAUGAAUUUAUGAGUUUGGGAUGAAAUUUUGAGUUUGGGAUGAAGUUGAGAAUGAAAUUUUGUGUUUUCUGGGAACCUGGAUGAAGUUGCAAAAAAAUUGAAUUGCAAGUGUGAACUUAGAAAGAACAAGAUUCGGUUACGUGCAUAGAUCUCUAUUCAAAUCAUAAAUAAAAUGUUUUUAUCCAUGAAUCUGUGUUUCAAUUGUGGUUUUUUUUUGGAUGGAUUAAAAAGUUAAAAAUUGUUUAUAAUUGAGAGUAAAAAGAGUAUAUUGAUGAGAGCAAGUGUGGAACACGUGAAACUUAUUCCUAAGGCUGUCACCACUAGGUGGCAUGCAAUGUUCUAUAUUUGCGUUUAGUAAAGUAAUACUAUUAUAUUGGAUAAAGGUUGAACAGGUGAAACUUGUCUGUCUCAACCUUCAAUAAUUUGAUUUGAUUCUAUUCUAUAUUUCUUCAUCACUAUAUUUACUCCACUCCAUCACUCACUCAUGCACCAAACAAAAUAAAAAAUGGAAGAAACAACAAUAGUAAUGUAUCCAGCACCAAGCAUAGGCCAUAUAAUUUCCAUGGUAGAAUUAGCCAAACUUCUCAUUCACCACCAUCAACAUUUCUCCAUCACCAUCCUUCUCACCACCGGCUUCAUGGAUCACCCAUCCAUUGAUUCUUACAUUAACCGUGUCUCAUCUUCCCAUCCUUCAAUCACGUUCCACCGUCUCCCCACCGUCGCCGUCAACCACACCACCACUCAAAGCAUCGCCGCCACCGCAUUUCAGUUCAUCAAAUCAAACGCCGUCAACAUAGAAACCAAACUCCGUCAAAUCAUCCAAACCUCUGUUAUCAAAGCCUUCAUCAUCGACCUCUUUUGUACCUCCGCCAUGGAAACAGCUUCCGCCAUGCAAAUCCCUGUUUACUAUUUCUUCACAUCCGGUGCUGCUGUACUUUCUCUGUAUUCCUACUUCCCGAAAAUCCACUCCCUUACGAAGUCUUCAUUUAAGGAUAUGGUUGGAGUUGAGAUUUCUGCGCCAGGGAAUAUGGCGUUGAAUGCGGCGUUGAUGCCGGAGCCGGUGCUUGACAGAGAUGAUCCUGCUUAUUGGGAGAUGUUGUAUUUUUGUGAGCAUCUUUCGAAGGCUAAGGGGAUUGUGGUGAAUACUUUUCGUGAAUUGGAGGUUGUGGCGGUCAAAGUGGUUGAAGAUGGUGCGUGUUUUCCGGAUGUUGAAGGAAGUUCGCCUCCGGUUUACUGUAUUGGACCGUUGAUUGCUGAUGCUCAACAACCAGAUGAAGCAAGGGGCAUCAAAGAUUGCUUGUCAUGGCUAGAUAAACAACCAAGUAAAAGUGUGGUGUACUUGUGUUUUGGAAGUCGUGGAUCAUUCUCGAUGACACAAUUGAAGGAAAUAGCGGAAGGGUUAGAGAGAAGUGGACACAGAUUCUUAUGGGUUGUGAAGAGGCCAGUACAAGAACAUCUCGGAACGAAAAAAGUUUACGAUACAACAGGGGAGUUUGACUUGAGUUCUAUUUUGCCGAGUGGGUUUAUAGAGAGAACCAAAGAGAGGGGCCUGGUGGUGAGGUCGUGGGCCCCACAAGUGGAGGUGCUGAGUCGCGAAUCGAUUGGUGGGUUUGUGAGUCACUGCGGCUGGAACUCGGUGCUUGAAGGAGUGGUUGCUGGAGUGCCAAUGAUUGCAUGGCCACUCUAUGCAGAGCAGCAUGUUAAUAGGAAUGUGAUGGUGGAGGAUAUGAAGGUGGCUGUUGCGGUGGAGCAAAGGGCAGGAGAUAUGUUUGUGAGUGGAGAAGAAGUGGAAAAGAGGGUGAGGGAGUUGAUGGAUUCUGAGAAAGGGAGAGAGAUUAGGGAAAGGAGUUUGAAGUUCAAAGACAUGGCUAGGGAUGCACUUGGAGAAUUUGGGUCAUCAACAAAAGCACUUGCCAACUUGGUUCAAACUUGGAAUGUAAUCAGUCACUAAUAACUAAUACCAUUGUGAUUAUUACUAUCAUCACUCAUCAAUUAAUAGUGUAAAUGUGUGAUGGAACUAGAUGUUUUCUGCUAUUGUGCAAGAUAAAUUUUGCACUUUUGUUGUUGCAUUGUAUGAUUUUGCUUCUAUAUUAUAUUAGAAUUAGAAUUAGAAUUGUAGACUCCAAUGUCCAAACUGCUCCUGCACCAUUUGUCCCUGCUUGCUUUAUCCUAGUUCAUUUUAGGUCCUUUUUUGUUGUAUUACUUUGUGCAAGGUAAUUAUUAUAUCUGUUUAUAAUGAAGAAAAUAUGGAUUCCAAA